GUAAAGUAACACGGUUGUCGUCCCAUUUCACUUCACCGUUAUGCUGGCAUUGAUUUGAUCGUUUUGUCACCCAGUACAGACUACAUUAAAUUGCUAGCCUAUAUGAUGACAUGUAGGGCAACUGGGAACACAGAUUAACACUGGAAACACCCUGUUGCUUUGUGUUCACGUUUAUGUUCGUAUCGCUCAAUUCGAAUGGACAUAAGAGGGAAAUGUUUCAAAGAAAAGAAUGAAGUGAAAGGAAUGUAAGGAAUUGCAGAGAUGUGGUAUCGAAGAGUAGGGGAGAUAGUGACGUGUAAAUGUAAAUCUUUUUUUUUUGUUUUGUUUUUUGAACAAUCACACCUGCUGGUAACAGAGGGGAAAAAAACACCAGGAGGCCACACCUUGACUAACAUGGCGCACCGAAACUCAGGAUACAAGAGGGGGGAGAAAGGGGUGUGUUGAAUGGAAGUGAACUAAUAACAGGUAGGCACACACCUUCCGAAAUCUUAAAUACAGCUACAUGAAUACGAAUGUCUGUGUUUUUUCGGUUGAGUGAAAGUCAAAUUGAAAUCCGGAGAGACAGACAUUAAUUGAGGAGGAACCUUACUGCGAAACAGUUGGUUUCACUGCAUUACAUUAAACACAACGUUUCAAUCAAUGUCACACAGAGGCUACACUGAGGAAUUCAGUCAGGAAAACGGACUGAGCAAAAAAUUAUCUAAUGGUAAGAAUCUAGAGUGAAAAGGGCGACGAGGUAGAUAGCGUGCGCUACCCAUGUCCUUACCUUGGAUAGUCAGGAUAGCCGCUAAAACGAGUAGACAGUUGCUGAAGCAUUCGUUCCUGUCCUUCGCCAUGAUUCAGUGGUCCUUUUAAAAAUUGCCGAGCAGAUCUCACUACGACCGAAUUAAACGUGAGACUUUAUUAUAAAAACAAGAAAACAAUCCCGUGUGCUCAACACCCGGUCUUCUUUUAAAAACGAAGUUAAUUCAGGAGAGCCGCGUCUUUUCUUUUUGUCGUCCUCUAUCUGCCGAUUAAAAAUCGCUAAUAAAACUGAAAACGUUAAAACCCUUCACCAACCUGUGGUAGAAGGGUAUGUGGACCGUACAGGUGACUGUGCUUCCCGAUAGGUGCUGUGCAGGCGGAAAAGUACAAGCAGUAUGCAGAGCACCGAGUAGUUCCACGGUGCACUAGCUUUGCCUAAACAAUUGUGACUGGGUGAAUGCCUAUGAUGUCACGCAUGCGUCACGGCAGUAGAGUCCGGCUGGGAAGUUUUGGAACUUUUGAAACGUUAUCGUCUACCACUGAGACGCCGCCUCAGCCAAAGAAGAUUGGGACGACGUUGUGGUGACCAAGGAGAACACGCCGGUCACCUUGGCUUGCUCCGACCGGGCGCUCACGGGCUCCGUGAAGCUGGAGUGGCUGUGGAAGCCUGACGGCCGGGACGCCUGGAGCCUGGUCCUGUCGGCCAAUCAAAGGCAGGAAUUCAGGGGCGGGGCGUCGAAGGCGGACAUGCGAUUGGCGGACCCACACUUCCAGACGUCGGGAGACUUCUCGCUCCGCUUCAAGCCGCGCGCCAGCGACGGCGGCCGCUACUCCUGCCUGGUGGACCUGGGAGAGAAGAAGGCGAGGCAGAGGGUCACGCUGCUGGCCAUCCUCAGAGUGGCAGUCGGCCCCGCCCUGCCCGUCCCGGCGGACGGCACCCUGCGCCUGGUCACGGAGGUGUCCCCCUCCGAGGCCGUCUCCGAAGUGGCCUGGUUCUCCCCCCGGGACCUCCCCCUGCGCUCCGAGACGUUGCCCUCGGGGGCGGUGGUCUGCAAGCUGCCCCACUUCGGCCGGGCCGACCAGGGCAACUACACCUGCCAGGUCCGGCCCCGGGCCGGCGCCAGGCGGCACCACUUCCUGUUCACCUACGGGAUUGCGGCUGAUGUUUCCAAGGCAGCGAAUUUCACAAGCUUGACUAACGGCACCGCGGUCUCCACAGCCUGCCUCUCUCGAACCCCGGUCCCCCUCUCGUGCACCGCCGUCCCCGGCGACUACGUCCUCCUGUACUGGCAGCGCCCCGACCGCAGAGACAUGGACCGCGUCUUCGCCUACGACCGCUGGAGGCGCGACCGCACCGACGGCACCGACCGCACCGUCCGCACACCGUCCCGCCUGCGUCUGGCCAACCCCGCCGCGGCCAAGUCCGGGAUCUUCUCCUUCGUGCUGGAGCCGGAGCUCCAGGAGGGGGGCGUGUACCUCUGCGAGGUCUUCCUGAACGACCACGUCUUCAGCCACGCGACCAGGAUCAGCGUUCUGAGAGUCUACGCACAGUCCACGCCCUCCAUGCUGGUCCUGUGGUGCCAGUACUCGGAGCGGUCGCAGGUGAAGCAGGUGUCCUGGGCCCACCAGAACCAGAGCUACAGGCUGACCUGGAGCUCCUCCGCUCCGGGCCGCCUCACGACAGAGGUCCCGCUGCCGCUCCGGCCCGGCGCGGCCGGGAACUACACCUGCGCCCUGGAGCUGAGGACCGGGAAGGUGAUCAGAGCAGUGUACACCGUCACACUGCCUCCUGCUGUAAACCCCAGUCUCUCCUCUCCCGUCAUCCUGUUCCCUCUCUCUGGUUUGGGGCUCCUGGUGCCCUUGGUCGCCGUGGCCCUUGGUGUGUUGCUAUGGAAACGAGGACAUCGUAUCACUCGCCCCCGUGCGGAGCAGUCUCUGUCCCACCAUUCUGGAGAAGUAGAGAAUGUGUAUGAAAACCCUGAAGACCUGAGACAGGCACCUGGCCAGAGUUCAGUGUAUAUGGACCUGAAGCCGACCAAUGACGACGAUGUCUAUAAGGAGUUGGAUCGAUAUGAACAGUGCCCUUGCUGACCGGCUGAGCUGUCCCCGACCGCUUGAAAGAUAUAAUUCCUUUCCAGUAUAGCUUUCUGUAAAAUACGUUUCUUAUGCAUUAAAAUUUUGUUUGCUUGUUUAUUUAAUUACUAUCGAGGAUAAACUACCACAAACCUAUAUUUGGUCUGUUUUUUGGGAAUGUAUAACAUUACAUCUGAUUAAAAGUAUUUUAAGUCAGUCUGUGACCUGUAAAUAUUUUGUCUCUGAUUGGUGUGUUUUGUCUCUGAUUGGCGUGUUUUGAUAUAGCCAAGUUUUUGUGGUCCAUUAUGAAUUAGUCUUGUUCUAUUCGAUAGGUGAUUGAGACAAUCUGCCUUAGAUGAUCAAUCACCUGGGGGUUCGACUAGCCUUCACAGGGGGGAGAUGGAAAAUACUUGGGAGCCUAGCAGGUUGGCUAGCAGGUGGCAGGGUGAAAAUAAAGCAUUUCAUGACGACA